CGUGGGCGGGCACGAGUCGCCGGAAGUGACGUCAGCCCCUUAGACAGGAACUGUAGUCUUGUUUGAGUCUCUGGUGCUGUUAUUGUGCCUGGAGGAAAGAGCGGCUCUCAGCACCGGACGUUCACCGGGGGACAGUUGCCAGCAUGUCUGAUCAGGAAGCCAAACCAUCCAGUGAGGACUUAGGAGAUAAGAAGGAAGGAGGCGACUAUAUUAAACUGAAAGUAAUUGGCCAGGACAGCAGUGAAAUUCACUUUAAGGUAAAGAUGACGACGCAUCUGAAGAAGCUGAAAGAGUCCUACUGUCAGAGACAGGGCGUGCCCAUGAAUUCUCUAAGGUUUCUCUUUGAAGGGCAGAGGAUUGCAGAUCACCAAACCCCUAAAGAGCUGGGCAUGGAGGAAGAAGACGUUAUUGAGGUUUAUCAGGAACAGACUGGGGGCCACUCGAUCUAGCGUUUUAUUUUUUCCUUUGGAAAUUUUUGACAUUCUGGAUUUAUUUUAUUAUUUUUUUAUUUUGUAAUAAGUUGUUUACCUCCCCCGCCAUAUGGCUUCCUUUCUUGUUGUAAUCCACUUGCUGUCUUCACCUUAAGAUCGCAUCAUUUCAGCAGCCACACUAUGUACCAAGAUGAGCAGCAUCUGCACACUUCACCAGUUCAAGCCUUUUUGUCAUCUUUGCCUCUGGGCUAUGAGGAUCCAGCUUGGAGUCUACUUGGUAACUUUGUGACAAGAGGAGAGAACUUACUGGGGACUCUGCUUCAUAUUAAAGUCUAAUAACCUUGGCACCAUACAUUCAUCGUUCCAGCGCCUGCCUAGAAGAGUUAGGAGUUGUGUUUUUAGAAGUGGUCAUGCUAAAAAAAAAUCCCCUAUGUAUAGAGAAUUGUUUGUUGUAUCUCUUAUUUUUGUGGGGCAUGGGUUUUAAGAAAAUAGAAAAAAAAAAAAAAAAAAAGUGCAUUAUCUGUAUUGGCUGAAGUAAUAUUAAAAAAAAAAAACCUUUGUAAAAUUU